UUUCACCCAUUAGUGUCACUCUCAAUUCUCAAGUCUCAACUACUACCAGAUUUUCCCUCAAUUUCAUCCUGUCUCCAAAAUCAUCACCAGCAGAGACGACAAACAGAACCACCCUUUUGCAACAAAAAAACACUAUGAUUCAAGUAGCAAUGUUGAAUCAAACCAGUCUUCAGGAUCUCUCACCAUCUCUUUUCUCUCUUGUUCUCAUCAGCCGAAACAACACUUCUCUCUCUUUUCCUUUCUCUCUCAGAUCCUUAAGCUAUGUGGCCAAGAAAGAAGAUAAAUCGCAGGCGAAGAAAGUAAAUGAGUCAAAGAGAGCUCAUAGGUGCCGAUUUACGCACAAUCUGAUCAUAUGUUGGAAUUGGGGGACUAGGAAAUAAGAGAAUAGGUAGCUCCACCAAUUCAGACUAAAUGGAUCGAGUUGUGAAUCAGUUGUUAACAAUGAUUGAUGGUUUUCACAAUAUGAACAACAUCUUCAUUGUUGGAACAACCAACAAAUUGGACCUUAUACAUCCUGCUCUUCUGAGCUACUUUGACUCCAAGUUGGACUGGAGUAGAUCUCGAAAGUCUCACAAGAUUGGCACUGUUAAAUGCUUUAACUCGGGUCAUGGGAGGCACACUUGGAAAAUUUUGCAAGCAUGGAAGAUUGAUGGUUUUCACAAUAUGAACAACAUCUUCAUUGUUGGAACAACCAACAAAUUGGACCUUAUACAUCCUGCUCUUCUGAGCUACUUUGACUCCAAGUUGGACUGGAGUAGAUCUCGAAAGUCUCACAAGAUUGGCACUGUUAAAUGCUUUAACUCAGGUCAUGGGAGGCACACUUGGAAAAUUUUGCAAGCAUGGAAGAUUGAUGGUUUUCACAAUAUGAGCAACAUCUUCAUUGUUGGAACAACCAACAAAUUGGACCUUAUACAUCCUGCUCUUCUGUGGUGCUUUUGAUGAAGCAGGACGUGUUCAGAUUUUAAAAAUUCACAAUAAAGAAUUAUUAGAUAACUCUUACUUAAGUUGGAUGUGAGCCUCGAAGACAUAGCUACUUUGACUCCAAGUUGGACUGGAGUAGAUCUCGAAAGUCUCACAAGAUUGGCGCUGUCAAAUGCUUUAACUCGGGUCAUGGGAGGCACACUUAGAAAAUUUUGCAAGCAUGGAAGGUAUAUAUAUAUA